AUGGAACAAAAGAACCGAUUAUUUGUGAAAUUUAGUGAUCCCUUAUCCAAUGGUUAUCACAAAAAGGUCUGCUCUGAUCUCGACUACCACUUGAAGAAGCUCAGUGCAAACUAUGAACGUCUACUGGCCAACAGAGCAUCUUACGAACUCUUGUUUUCCUAUGUAAAUACCAAGUUCAAAUCGAAAAAUCAAUGUUCCUGUAUUAUUGAUCAAUCUGACAAGAAACUUCUUCAUGAUUCUGACAAGGCUAAUGCCCUUGGUGGGUAUCUUGCAAGUGUCUUUUCUGCUGAAUAUGCCUCUGGUCUCGACGUUAAUGUUUUGGAUGAUCCUCAUGAGUCUCGUUUUCCUUGUGACAGCAUUUAUUUUCAUCUAAAUGAUAUUCUUGGCAUACAUAAAUGCUUAAAAGCAUCGACUACCUUACCCUGA